AUGACCAAGAACGUAAAAAUUAUCAAACGUAUUGAAAUGAGUGACAUUUCAAAUGCUUCGGGAAAGAAAAAACCUACAAGGUUUGUUACUAAUGUUUCACCCAACAACACUUCCCCAACAACACCACUGUCUGACAUCACAAAUGUGAAUGCAUCAUCUUCAUCCAAUGCUCUAAAAACAUCAUCACAUUCAACAUUACAAACAAUAUCCCACAAAGAAAAUAAUUUUUUCAUACCACCUAAUUGUCGAGUUGCUCGAAACCUUUCCGAAUUACCUAAGGCUACCCCGUCUCAUAACAUCAUACAACCGAAUGUUCAAUCCACAUUUAUUUCCUCAAGAUCGCCACUUUCACAGCUAACCAAUCAAGUUCAUUCACCCUCUUCAUCGAAUGCUUUGAAAACACCAUCAUCUCAGACAAUACAAAGAAAUUCUCACAAAGAAAAUAGUUUCUUCAUACCCCCUAAUUGUCGAGUUGCUCAAAAGUUUACCGAAUUACCACCAGACUUUUCCAACAACCAAGAUACAAUUCAGCACAACACAACUCAUUCAACAACAACGAAACGGAAACAAUUUAAUACACAAGAUAUUCCAUUUUUUGAGUUGAAUGAAGAUUUCGUUGAACCUUCAGUUACACAUUUUUCAGUUGGUACCAGCGUUAACUAUAAAGAAAAGAAAAAAAGAGGCAGACCAAUUUCUACAAAAAAGAAGACACAAAUAUGUAUUCCUUCUACUUCAAAUGCUCAGAAUGAUGUAACCGGUAACAAUCAUAGUAAAUAUAUCGGAAUAAGCAAAGAUUAUUUGGAUUCUGGAGAUGCUGUAUAUGUUUGCUCAGUAUGUAAAGCUAAGGUGUGGCAGGGAGAAGCAAUUCGAGGAAAUAAGGAUUUAAAGAAAACAUGUUAUUCCAUUUGUUGUUACAAUGGAAAAGUUGAACUACCCAGUCUGAUUCACCCACCUCAGUUGUUGCUUGAUUUAUAUAGCGGUCUUUCGGAAAAAAGUCAAAACUUUAUACAGAAUAUACGUCGAUACAAUAUGAUGUUCGCAUUCACAUCUAUGGCUGGAAAGAUUGAUCACACCGUUAACUCAGGAGGUGGUCCUUAUGUUUAUCGAAUGCAUGGCCAAAAUUAUCAUAUUGCAGGCAGCUUACUUCCCGAAGAGGGUGAAUCACCAAGAUUUUGCCAGUUGUACAUAUAUGAUACAGAUCAUGAGGUUCAAAACAGAUUCAAAUCAUGCGAGUCUAAUAAGAAGAAAAAGACCACAUCUAAUGAGUCCAUGGCAAAUCCGUUUUCUCUUGAGUUCUGGACUAUUCACGAGUUGAUGGGCUUAUUGGAUUUCAUUAAUCCACUGGUUAAACAAUUUAGAAUGGCACGUGAUCGCUUUGGUUCAAAUCCAACAGAGCGUAUUAGGUUGAAAUUGAUUGGGUCAAGAGAAAAUGAUGGUAGGCAGUAUAAUCUUCCUACCACAAAUGAGGUAGCUGCCCUCAUUAUAGGUGACAUUGAUGGUCAAUUGAAGGAUGAAAAAACUUUGGGUGAAGUCGCUGGAGUUGUAUAUACGAUUGAGUUUCAAAAGAGGGGCCUGCCACAUUGUCAUGUAUGUCUGUUUUUGGAAAAAAAUUCUAAAAUUCCAAAUCCUGAAGACAUAGACCGUGUUAUAUGUGCUGAAUUGCCAGACAAGGAUAGUGAACCCGAUUUGUAUCAGAUUGUUUGUGAUAACAUGAUACACGGACCUUGUGGCAACGAUCAACCAUUUAUGCCGUGUAUGAAAAAAGGCAAAUGUUCAAAACGAUUUCCAAGGGAAUAUACCGAUCAUACAUAUAUUGAUGAAGAUGGUUAUCCUAUUUACCGGAGACGUAACGAUGGAAAUAAUGUCCUUAAAAACGGUGUUUCUUUAGACAACAGAAAUGUUGUUCCAUAUAAUAAGAUCCUUCUGAAACAAUAUCAAGCUCACAUGAAUCUAGAGUGGUGUAACCAAGUUGGAUCGAUAAAGUAUCUUUUUAAGUAUAUUAACAAAGGACCGGAUAGGAUAACAACAUCUAUUGUUGAUCCAACAAAAAAGAAAAAACAACAGAUAGAAAAUAACGACCAUGACGAAAUUGGUGAGUUCUAUAACUGUCGUUAUAUUUCCGCAUGUGAGGCAUGUUGGAGGCUUUUUGGGUAUGAUAUUCAUUAUCGAACACCGUCUGUCGAAAGGUUGUCAUUUCACCUCGAACACAAACAACCUGUUGUUUUUAAACCAAACCAACAUCUUAAUCAGGUUGUUUCUAAACCGACUGUCGCUGCUUCUCAAUUUUUAGCUUGGAUGGAAUGUAACAAGCAUGAUGAAGAUGCACGGAAGUUGUCAUACGUUGAAUUCCCAACUAAAUAUGUUUGGAAUAAAUCAGAUAAGAUAUGGACAAAAAGAAAAACCAAGUCCAAGGCACUCGGUCGAUUAAACCACGUUUCUCCCAAGGCUGGUGACAUUUACUACCUACGGAUUUUGUUGAACAAAAUCAAGGGUCCUACAUGCUAUGAAGAUAUCAAGACAAUUAACGGAAUUGUACAUGACUCUUACAAAGAUGCUUGCUAUGCUCUUGGUCUAUUAGAUGAUGAUAGAGAGUACAUUUCGUCAAUAAACGAAACACAUCAUUGGGCCACAGCUUCUUUCUGCCGGUCUCUCUUUGUUAUGUUGAUUACAUCAGAUAGUUUGUCAAGUCCUGCUCAUGUUUUUGAAGAGACAUAUCAAUGUCUUUCUGAUGAUGUCAUUCACGUUCGUGAACAAGAAAUCGGCGUCAGAGGCCUGAAGUUAAAAGAGGAUGCAAUUUUCAACCUUACGUUGUCAUACAUCGAGAAAUCAUUAUUGAGCUGUGGAUUGAGUUUGAAGCAAAUACCAAAUAUGCCGUUUCCUGAUCAUAGAUACAUUCAAGAGUCAUGCAAUAUGUUAAUUCAAGAUGAGCUUAACUAUGAUCCUGCUAUUAUUGAAGUUGAGCAUCAAGAUUUGUAUUCCAAAUUAAAUGUCGACCAAAAAAAUGUUUAUCACACCAUUAUGAAUGCGGUUAACAACAAACAAGGCAUCGUUACAUUCAUCAAGAUUAUGGAGUGA